AUGAUCAACGGCUUCAGCGUUGGCGGGGGUCAACAGGUGACGCCAGCAGGUGCUGCAAUAAAAUUGCACUUUGCCAACAGCAACAACAACAAAAACACUAGCAACAUCAGCAGCAGCAGCAGUAGCAAUAAUAACAACAACUACAGUGGCCUUAAAACAGCGGAGCAAAAAAUGAGCAACAACAACAAAAGCAACAACAACAACAACACUGGCGAAGUGCUGAAAAUAUAUGAGAGAAUGCGGAACACAAGUGGAGCAAGUGGAGCAGCAACAAGUGGCAGCCAAGGAUCAGCCAGCUUUGUGGAACUUUCUACUGCAUCAGGAGCUGAUGCAGGGUCCGAAACUCUUCGGGCAGUUGGUUUUAUCCAAGGAUCAACCAUUUUCAGUAAAUCUGCAUCCAUCAGAGCACUUUCUCCCAAACUGGGAGGAGGAGGAGGAGCAGCGGCAAGGCCAUCUGGAGUUAUCCAAGAAUCAGGCGUUUCUACGACUUCCAGAGGCAUUUCUGUCGGAUCAGGAGCUAUCCUAGAAUCAGUUGCACCAAUGGCCAUUGGGAUUAGUCAAGAAUCAGGCAGUUUUAUGAACUACCAAACAGUAGCACCCAGAUCAGCAAUCAGUUAUUCAAGAGCAGUUUGCAAAGCUGUACCAUUAAUGGGUGUACGCAAACGAUCGGGAACUUCAACGCUAGGGACUGGAACAGGUGCUCCAAGUUGUAUUGCGGCGGCAAAGGGAGUUUCCCCAAUUGGAGCAAGCAGUCUUCGCUGGCUGUCCAUGCCUGUGAGCAACGAGAAGUCGUCAAAUGCAGGAGGAGCUGAAACUAAAGUCUUAGAUGGAGCAACAGAAAACACUGGAUCACCGGUAGAAGCUGCCAAAAGUGCCUUAGCUAACGCUCAGCCGCAGCGCACGGAGGACCAAGAAAAUGCCUUUCGACGCAUCGAGGAUGUGCACAACUAUGCCAAGCUGCAGGACUACAGCAGCGACACCGACGACGAGGAAGACGACGAUGAGGAGGAAGAGCUCGACGAAGAGGAGGAAGAUGAGGAGGUGAUCCAGGUGCCGUUGCCAGUGCAACAAGAGAUCACACGCAUUCGUCGCGACGCCGCCGAAGAGCAUGUGGACGUCGAUGUGGUCACUGUGCCGCAGCCGGAGCAGGAUCACGAUCACGAUCGCCAUCAGGUGCAACGGCAGCAGCAGCAGCAGCAGCAGCAGGAUCAGCCAUUAUCAGCGGAUAACAUACGGCCAGAGCACCAUGCUCGACGCCCCAUGAAUGCGUUCCUAAUCUUCUGCAAGCGACACCGCGGCAUUGUCAAAGAGCGCUACAAGACGCUGGAGAACCGUGCCAUUACCAAGAUACUGGGCGACUGGUGGGCUGCACUUGACGAGCAGGAGAAGCAUUGCUUUACGGAUCUGGCGCAGCAGAACAAGGACGCCUUUUUCAAUGCCAAUCCCAACUUUAAGUGGUACAAACUGCCGGCUCCGCCGCUGCGCACGCUGGCCACACGUCCCAGCAAUACGGCUGCUGGUUUGUUCAUCCCCAGCGAGGAUCAGCAGCAACAGCAACAGCAGCAGCAGCAGUUGCCAACUCCAUUGCAACUGCAGUGGGCAGAGAGAGGCGAGAUGCCGCGGGCUCUGCUGCGAGGCAACUACUUUAAGCUGGCGGACGAAACGCAGAUGGGCGAUCUGAGCUCGCUGCUGCAAGUCCAUGUACAGGAGAAGGACUACGCCCUGCAGCAGGUGCUCAGCGAGACCAGCCAGUUUCUAUCUGCCCACAUGCCCGGUGGCAAUCCGAAUGGCAGUGGCAGUAAGCGCUCCUUGCCGGACAGCAAUUCUAGCAACUCCAGCGAGGAGGAGGCGGCCAACGGUGGAUCACCCAGCAAGAAGGCGAAAUCGUCGCGCUCCUGCAAGGGCAAGAUCUACCAGGAGCUGGUCAACUCCGGCCAACUGGCGGCUAUAGCUAAGAAGAGCAAGGCUCGUUCAUCACCACCGGCCGGAAAUAUGGGUGGAAACUUCGUGGACAUUCCCUUGGAUGCGGGACCCAACACGCCGCCCGUUUCACCACCGGAACGCCAUGGCAGCAGCCCCGAUGCCAUGCAAAAGCAUGUGAGGACCGUUUCCGAGUCGAGCAGCAGUGGUUUCUUUGAUCUCGAGGAGAAGAUCAAGGAGCUGCCGGCCCUCAGCUUGGAUGCUUACCUGCAGCGUAAGCGUAGCACCAAAAAGAAGAAGAAGUUUAGCGGCAGCAAGAAACAGAGGAAUUCAAGCAGCGCCAGUGGCGGUUCAGUGGCUUCCACUGCCGGAGCAGUAGCUGCUACAGACAAAGGAACACCCACUGCAGCCAGCGAACACUUGGUAAGGAUUAAACAGCAGCAGCACCAGCAGCAUCAACAGCAGCAUCAGCAUCAGCAGCAUCAGCAGCAACUGCAGGUCGUAGGCAGCCAGCGACGCAAGGCGCGAAAGGAGAGUAUUACGCGGCGCGAUGUUAGCGCAAUCGAGCAGGAAGUGGCCUCCAUUCUGCCGCUGACCAUCAACGGUAGCUACUACUUCAAUCAGAGUGGUGCACCCAAAGCGAUGAACGCGUCUGUCACCUCGUCAUCGGCCUCGCCACCGCUAUCCUCGAACUCCUCGUCGUCGUCCUCGUCGCUCUCCUCGCAGGCGGCCUUCGACGUGACCUCCUCUACCUCAGAUCUACUCAUUCUGGCCGAAGUGGCCGCCAACCGCACUGAGCUGACCAAGUCCAACUAGCGCCAGCAGCACCACUGGCUGUCCAGCAUUACCACCAAAUAGUUAGCCCAAAUUCAAAUUCACCGCAAACUGCAAGAUUUUCGUAAUGUGAUAAGGAUAUAUUUACUACAAAUUUACUUUCUUUCAAUUUUGUCGAAAUAAUCCAAAUAUUCUCUUUCUGUUUUUUCAACCCCAAAAAAUGGCAUAACAGCUUUUAAGAAAUCAUAUCAGUUUCUAUAGCAGGGUAGAGGGAAUGCCACGUUGUGUUUAAUUUAAACAUUAAACUCUAUUUAAUGUCAUUGAAAUGUUAAAAAUAAUUUAUGUUUUAGCCUCCUUAAAAUGCAUUAUUAUAUAAUUUUGAAAGAGUCAUCACUUUAAGAAAUUAACGAGAGAAUAUUCCCUUACAAAAGAGAAAAUGUCAAUUGAAAACUUGAAAAUUAUAAUUUAAACGCCAAGCUAUUGUCAUUAUGGUGGUCUUGCAGUUAAGAUAAGCACCCUUCUUCGAUUCUUACAAAUGCUUUAAGCUAUUUGCUGGUGGUGCCACAUGGAGAUGAAAAAAACAGACAUUCGUUGAUCUACAAUUUAGUCAAUAAUAUUAUGUAAAAACAAGAAAGCGAGCCAGCAGAAGGGAAGAUGAGAAGAGAGUCGGGACGGCAGCGAAUUAUGUAUUUUUUGUUAUAAUGACGGCAGGAGAAAAUCCGCGUCAGUUUCACACCCAUAUAUAUCUAUAUAUUUUGUAUUUAGAUAACUUGUUCUGUUUUUUUUCUUGUUAAGUUUCUCCUUUUAUCGAGCCGCGUUCGAUAAGCAGCAAAAUUAGCAAAACCAACAGCCGAACGCUCAUUAAAUGUUAAUUAUUAUUAUUUCUAAUAUAUAGUCGUAAUUUAUUGCUACAUUUGUCAAAACGCAAACAAUUUGCAAACAAAAAUAUAUUCAUUUUAAAGUGGAAA